UUGUGUGACCUCUCCAGUUCUGCACGCACUGCCACGUUAGUAGCGGCAGAGACAAAACACAGGCGACUGUAACAAGAAAAAAAGAUUUAACGAAGCGAAGUACCUGCCUGUGAAUCAGCCGGUUUUAGUCUGCAAAUUUGCCUUCUUCUGAUUCUGCCGCAAAGCGCAACCAUGCUUCUUUUCCUACUCUGUACUCUAGCCGUGGCAAGCAGGGCUGAAAUUGCUGAAGAAGAUGAUGUUCUUGUAUUGAAGAAAAGUAACUUCGAUGAAGCUCUGAAAGCUCACCCAAACAUUCUGGUUGAAUUUUAUGCACCAUGGUGUGGCCACUGCAAGGCCCUGGUCCCCGAGUACGCCAAAGCUGCCGGUAUGCUGAAGGCGGAGAACUCCGAGAUCCGUCUGGGCAAGGUGGAUGCCACAGAGGAGUCGGACCUUGCCCAGGAGUUUGGCGUGCGUGGCUACCCCACCAUCAAGUUCUUCAAGGGUGGAGAGAAGGAGUCUCCUAAGGAGUACUCCGCUGGCAGGACCGCUGAUGACAUCGUCAACUGGCUGAAGAAGCGCACCGGCCCCGCCGCCACCAUGCUGACCGAGGUCACGCAGACCGAGGCUCUGAUCGCCGACAACGAGGUCGCGGUCAUCGGCUUUUUCAAGGAUGGGGAGUCCGAGAGUGCUAAGGCCUUCCUGAAGGCUGCUGAGGCUGUGGACGACGUUCCUUUUGGCAUGACCUCAGACGCUGCUGUGUUCACCAAAUACGAGAUGUCCAAAGAUGGCGUUGUCCUCUUCAAGAAGUUUGAUGAGGGCCGCAACACUUUCGACGGCGAGAUGACCAAGGAGUCCCUCCUGUCAUUCAUCAAGUCCAACCAGCUGCCCCUGGUCAUUGAGUUCACCGAGCAGACUGCCCCUAAAAUCUUCGGAGGAGAGAUCAAGUCCCACAUCCUGCUGUUCGUGCCCAAGGCGUCGUCUGACUUCCAGGACAAGAUGGACCAGUUCAAGAAGGCAGCUGAAGGCUUUAAGGGAAAAAUCCUGUUCAUCUACAUCGACAGCGACAUCGAUGACAACCAGCGCAUUCUGGAGUUCUUCGGCCUGAAGAAGGAGGAGUGCCCCGCCAUCCGCCUCAUCACCCUGGAGGAUGAGAUGACCAAGUACAGGCCCGACACCAGCGACAUCACCGCCGAGAACAUCAUCUCCUUCUGCACAGCCUUCGCCGAUGGCAAGCUCAAGCCCCAUCUCAUGAGCCAGGACAUCACUGAUGAUUGGGACAAGAACCCAGUCAAGGUCUUGGUGGGAAAGAACUUUGAAGAGGUGGUCUUUGAUCCCAGCAAGAAUGUCUUUAUUGAAUUCUAUGCUCCCUGGUGCGGCCACUGCAAACAGCUGGCCCCUAUCUGGGAUCAACUGGGAGAGAAGUACAAGAACCACGACGACAUCAUAGUGGCCAAGAUGGACUCCACAGCCAACGAGAUUGAGGUCGUCAAAGUCCACAGCUUCCCCACACUCAAGUUCUUCCCAGCUGGGGAUGAGCGCAAGGUGAUUGACUACAAUGGUGAAAGAACACUGGACGGCUUCACUAAGUUCUUGGAGAGCGGAGGACAGGAUGGUGGAGCCCCAGCUGGAGAUGAUGAUGAUGAUGAGGGAGCAGAAAUUGACAGUGACGUGGAGGAUGACGACUCCGACGCAGAGGGACACGAUGAGUUAUAAGAGUGGGAGCAACAUGGAAGAAGCAGAAACGAAGCCCCCGCCACACACCCCGCAACAUCACCACCACCACCACCCUCAACCUCCCUGUCCUUUGAACACUAAUGCACAACUGCUCUCCAGCGGCCAGGCAUUGCAGGAACCACCACAUCGCUCUCAUAGCUGCCACUUUGACCCCUCCACCCACCUAUGGGCCCAAAAAGACUGCUUAUGUCCUCUGCCAGAUGGCACCAAGGGAUUUCCAUGGAACCCACUUGGUGUUUGUUUGAGUUCUAGUCAUUGUUUAUCAUAUUACAUGAUCAUGAAGGUACUUCAUGUUUUUGGGGCCCCCUUUUAAAGUUGAACCUCCAGAAAUUCAGCCCACACAUCCAUAGGCUACUCGUACUGAUACUGUGAUCAGUGAGCCAGUUGCAGUAAAUGGUCUCUAGAGUAGGAGAGGAAGCCAGUAAUAUAUAUAUUUUUCUUUUUUGUCCUGCUAAAUUCAGUCUGAGGCUGGGGAGAAUAUGGUGUGUGGGUGGACUGAUCUCUCAGGGCACUGGGGCCACAUAUAGAUAUACACAUAUAUAUACUGUAAAGAGUUAAUUAAAAGAAUGCAUUCUAUGUUACGAGCCGUCACGAAUAACACGCUGAUGUAGCCGAGACCAACCUGUGUGGGUUCUUCUAUCGUAUUUAUGCAUAUCUCUCAUAUUAGGUCUCCCAUUGUUCAUCUUGUUUUUUUUCCUUCACAUGGCUACUGAACCUUUUUUAAAAAAGAAAACUUGGAGAGCUUAUUUUAUUUAAUUUUUAUGUUAAUCUGUUCUGUGUAAUCCAAAUACCAGUGGGCCUAGCAGCAGCAGCACUCAGUUUGCCUGGCGGCCAUGUUGGCACUAGAGCUCUCUCCUUUGCAGACUUGGGAUCAGUGGAAAGGGUGACGCAAUUGUCAUGGUUCAUGUUCUGUUGCACUGAGUUCACAACCAUCUUAAGAUUUCAACAGCAGUUACUGAAAUGCCUGAAGUUAACCUUUUUAUCAGUGUAGUCAAGAGGAAUGUGCAUCGGUCCUCCAGCCUGCUUUCCCUUACCCCCCCACCCCCAGAAAUACCUGCUUUUACCUCCCCAUUCCUUUGUCAUGUACGCCAGUGGUGGCUCUCCCCAACGGAGGGUUCCGGGGUGUUGUGAGUGUGUGUGUGUGUGUGGUCAUGAUCACAGGGAGGGGCAGAGUGUGUGUGAGUGCUUGUGUGUAAAUGUGAGUUCUGCUUUAUUUCCCUCUCGUCCAGGGGCAAGGGUUGUGAAUGUAAAGGGUUAUUUUUUUAUGCGUGUUAGUUUUUAUUUCUUUUUUUUCUUUUUUUUCUAAGGGUUUGUUUUCGAGGGAGGGAGGGCGGUUUGAUCUGAAGGGUGGGUCUGUGGUGAAAGGACAUGGGUUAGGACAGUGUUGGCGCAGAUUGAGUGGUUGACAAGAAACAAAAGCAUUCCAUCACAUUUAAAUCAACAUGGAGAAGCAAACUGGUGGCCAAAUAAAGUUUAAAAAAAUUGUGAAAAAUAAA